GCCGCUCGCGCAGCAGGGUGUCUGUAUAAAGCGGCGGUCUCUCAGAGACAGGAGCAGAGAGAAGAUGGCGCUGAACAGAAACCAUUCUCCUCAAGGAGGAGUGCUCAUCGACAACAGUGAGAGUGUGCUGAGAGACUGUAAGACUGUGGAGCUCUCCUUCAGUGAUGCCACACAGCAGAGUGACCUGUUCAAGGGGACCAAGAAGGGCAGUGUGUACCUCACACCUUACAGGAUGGUGUUUGUGAGCAGUAAUAUGAAGGAGAAGUUCUGCUCCUUCAUGUUCCCGUAUUACCUGAUAAAGAACUGCAGCAUUGAACAGCCUGUGUUUUCUGCCAACUACAUCCAGGGCAUCAUCAAAGCAGAACCUGGUGGUGGAUGGGAAGGUCAGGCUAAUUUUAAGUUGUCAUUCCCCAAUGGAGGCGCCAUCGAGCUUGGACAGCACCUCUUUAAACUGGCCUCCAAUGCAUCUCGUGCCCCCCCACAGAGUGGAGCGAAUGUUUUUGCCCCGGCAGGCUACAUGAACGGCUAUGCAAGUCCAGCGAUGCCUCAACCCUGCUACAACCCUUACCCUUACCCACCUGCUGCUCCAGGCAUGUAUCCCACAGUUCCACCCUACAUGGCUCCACCUCCUCCAUACCCUGGACCUCCUCAGAACUGGAACCCUCCUCCAGUUGUUCCUGGUAAUGCUAAAGCAACCGAGGCAGCUGGCAGUGCUUACUACAAUCCCACCAACCCACACAACGUCUACAUGCCAAUGGAUCAGCCUCCUCCAUACUUUCCUCCUCAGAACCAGCCAGAAAAGAAGAACAACUAAAACCCCACCCCUUCCUGUGAAGUCACAUGGCAGCACGGUUAUGACAUCACAGGAUUUCUCAGAUUGACUUGUACUGGAUAUUAGAACCCGGGCAAAUCUUAUAAAUACAUGUAUUGUAUCUCUCCCUUUCGUGUGUGUGCGCGUGCGUGCGCGCAUGUGGUGGGACAGAGUGAUGGAAGGAGUGUGUGUGUGUUAUGUUUAUAACCAGCAGUUUUUCUAAUUCAGCUUUUCUGCACCUUCUUGCUGUUUUUAAUCAGAAAUGUUUUAGUUUAUUAACGAGCAUUUAAGAAACUGUCAAACGCUUCUUUUCAGCUGUUGUGUUAGAUUUGCUGCUUAGUGACUUGUUUCCAUGGCUACAGCAUUAAUACAGAUUUAUUCACAACCGUUGAUUAAAGUCCCUGUUUACUUGGGCAGCGUGGUGUGUGUGAGGUGUGUAGCAAUCCUAUAGCACAGAUACACAAUCGUAUUAACUUUAAAGGAUUUACUAUGAAUAUUAUUGCUGUGUGUGUUUCUGUUUCGAUUAUCACAGUAAGAUGUAUUGACUCUCACUCUCUCACACACAUGGUUUUCCUUUGUUCACGAUUCCUUUCUCUUAUUUGCAGCUGCUGGAUUAAAAUUAUAUUGGUGAAUAACUCUAAAUAAAUAUCUUAGUUUCUGCAGUGUG